AUGCCGAGUCGGGAGAAGCAGCCUGCCACGACAGCGACGACAGGAGGGGUGAGCAAGGAGAAAUACGAGGAGUUAAAGAGAACGUUGAAAAAGAAGGAGGAGGACCUGGAGAAGCUUAGGGAGGAGAUGGAGGAACAGGACGAUGAGCUUCAGAAGCUGAAGGAGGAGAUGGAGGGGGCGAGCGAAAAGCACGAGGCGGAACUACGAGAGCUGGAGGAGAAGAAGGACGAGGAGCUGCGAAGGCUGGCGAAUAAAAAGAAAGACGAACUCGAGACGCUGAGAAAAGAGAAGGACGAACACGAGCUGGAGCAGCAACGUCGCAAGCAAUCGUGGGCGAUAACAGCCACGACACGAUACUUUUCGAACGACACGGUUCUCAGGAGCCGAAGACAGCCGGUGCCGCUGGAUACGUGGUCGGGACUUCUGAGGCGCACGCCAUAUUUCUCCCAUUGGGAUACUACUUUCAAGUACGAGCCAUACGCCAUUGACGCCUCCACGUGGUUCCCGACGACAAUGGUGCAACUGGUGGAUGAGGAGCCUAUAGAUUGGAAGCCUCCCCCUAAGAUUUAUCUCUUCUCUUCGGGCUUCGGGGCAUUCGAUACGCAAAACUGGUGGUUCGUGAAGACGACGCAUCCGGACGGCGGCGUGACGAUGAUUGCUUACUAUGACGGCAACCGCACCUGGUUCGAUGGGCUCGGCUACCCUAUCCCGCUUCCUGUUGCUAGGACACAUCGCUUUGAUACCAACACACCAUUCUUCUUUGUUUAUGUGGUUGAUAGAUACAAGUUUGGGUUCAUGUACCGAGACUAG